AUGGCUUGUAGAAGCGUCUCAUUCCAAUCUACAAUCAUUUCUAAUUUUCAAAGAUUUAAAGUGUUGCAAUCUUUUGGUGGAAUCAACAACCUUACUGUUUCUGCUGAGUUCGCUUCAAAUUGCAAAGCUAAUAAACUGUUUCUGGGUUCACUCCAAACAAGAUCAGCUUCAUUGAAACACACCAUCCUUGACUCAGCUUCUAUUACAAAUAGUUUUCCCAUUGAUGAAGAUGAAUUUGAUCUUGAUCGUCCAACCCAAGGUUUUGCUUCCAUUGCAGAUGCCAUUCAAGAAAUUCGCAACGGAAAGAUGGUGCUUGUUGUUGAUGACGAAGAUAGAGAAAAUGAGGGAGAUUUGAUAAUGGCAGCACAAGCUGCAACUCCUGAAGCCAUGGCUUUCAUUGUAAAGCAUUGUACAGGAAUUGUUUGUGUGGCCAUGAAAGGUGAAGAUUUGGAGAGGUUACAAAUUCCACUUAUGGUCAAUGAAAAGGAGAACGAGGAGAAACUUUGUACUGCUUUUACCAUCACAGUGGAUGCACGAGAAGGUACGACGACAGGAGUGUCAGCUAGUGAUAGGGCGAAAACAAUAUUGGGACUUGCAUCAAGAGAUUCAAAAGCAUAUGAUUUUAAGAGGCCAGGUCAUAUAUUUCCCCUUAGGUAUAGGGAAGGUGGUGUUUUGAAGAGGGCUGGACAUACUGAAGCCUCUGUGGAUCUUGCUGUGCUUGCUGGAUUUGAUCCGGUUGGUAUCCUUUGUGAGGUGGUUGAUGAAGAUGGUUCCAUGGCUAGGUUACCUGCACUUCGUGAAUUUGCCACUCGAGAAAAUUUGAAAAUCAUUUCCAUUGCUGAUUUAAUCAGGUAUAGGAGGAAGAGAGAUAGAUUAAUCGAAAAUGGUGGGAACGGUGGUACUCGUAUGCCAACUAAAUGGGGUCCCUUUCAAGCAUAUUGCUACAAAUCUGUUUUGGAUGGCAUUGAACAUAUUGCAAUGGUUAAGGGUGAUAUUGGUGAUGGAGAAAAUAUUUUGGUUAGAGUACACUCGGAAUGCUUCACUGGAGAUAUAUUGGGAUCAUCUAGAUGCGACUGUGGAGACCAGCUUGCUUUAGCUAUGCAGUUGAUCGAGGCAGCAGGCAGGGGUGUGUUGGUUUAUCUUCGUGGACAUGAAGGAAGAGGCAUAGGUUUGGGCCACAAACUCCGUGCCUAUAACUUGCAGGAUGCUGGCCGAGAUACUGUUGAAGCUAACCAAGAUUUGGGAUUCCCUGUCGAUUCUCGCGAAUACGGCAUUGGUGCACAGAUUCUAAGGGAUCUUGGAGUGAGAACAAUGAAGCUAAUGACAAACAACCCAACAAAGUUCAUAGGGUUGAAGGGAUAUGGCUUAGAAGUUUCAGGUAGAGUUCCUUUGGUAACCCCAGUUACAAAAGACAACAAGAGAUACCUGGAGACGAAACGCGCCAAAAUGGGGCACGUCUACAACUUCGAUCUCGGUGUUCGAUUUAGAAAUUUGAUCGACGAGCAUCAAACAUCGAACGGAAAUGCAGAAUCAAGCAACGCUGUGGCUUAA